UGCGUUGGUCCUCUAUCAUUUUAGUUUCGCUUUUAGUUUUAUUAGUGUCAAGUUCGGGACUUCACAGAAAGGAUUCAUAUCUGUGUUGAAGAUUCAUAAUGAGUUACGACCGAGCAAUUACUGUUUUUUCGCCAGAUGGCCAUUUGUUUCAGGUGGAAUAUGCGCAGGAAGCUGUGAAAAAGGGCUCUACAGUUGUUGGUGUGCGUGGAAAGACUAUUGUUGUGGUUGGAGUGGAGAAGAAGUCCGUCGCCAAACUUCAGGAUGACAGAACCGUGCGUAAAAUCUGCAUGUUGGAUGACAACGUAUUCAUGGCAUUUGCAGGCCUGACAGCAGAUGCCAGGAUUCUGAUCAACAGGGCAAGGGUGGAAUGUCAAAGUCACCGACUGACAGUGGAAGAUCCUGUGACAGUGGAAUACAUCACUCGUUUCAUAUCCAAUCUGAAACAGCGUUACACUCAGAGCAAUGGGCGCCGUCCAUUUGGGAUCUCCUCCUUGGUGGCAGGUUUUGACUUUGAUGGAACACCACAUCUUUACCAGACUGACCCAUCCGGAACAUACCAUGCCUGGAAGGCAAAUGCCAUUGGUAGAUCAUCAAAAACGGUACGGGAAUUCUUGGAGAAGCACUACAAAGAGGAGCUUGUAGAGACAGAUGAAGGAGCCAUCAGACUGGCAAUCAAAGCACUACUGGAGGUUGUGCAGUCAGGUGGGAAGAACAUUGAGCUUGCGGCCAUGAAGCAGAAUGAGCCUAUGAAGGUUUUGGACCCGGAAGAAGUAGACAAACAUGUCCUGGCAUUGGAGAAGGAGAAAGAGGAGGCAGAAAAGAGAAAGAAAACUUAAACACCACCAUAUAUCCCAAUGGCAGCUAUGGGCAUUCACAAAAAUACAUUUUAUAAUGAGUGACAAAUCCAUACUGUAAAGCUUGCAUAUGUAACUAAUAAACACCAGAUUACAGAAUCAGUACUACUCCAGUGUCUUGUAUAGAUAUUUUGAAUGUUUAUUUAAUCAUAUGCAGCAGCAUGCGUGUCCCCACAAAUAAGUUACUUCCUUCAAAAAUGGAUUUAAAAAAAAAAAGUUAAACGAAAAAGGUACAUAAAUCAGAGUGGGGUAUCGCAGUUUCAUAGAUACAAUUAAUUUACAUGUGGCUGUACAUAAGUGCCAUAAACAAUUUGGGCUUGGCUCUGAACAAUACAUAUAAAUUCAGGAGAUACACACCGUGUAAUUGGCAGAUCUCACAAAUUGAAACGAUGAGGUGAUUAUACAGGUCAAAUUACUGUGCUAGAUAGGACAUUUAUCAAUAAUCAAAAAACAAAAAAUCAAUACAAAAAGUAUCCAAGAAAAAAAUAU